UGGUAAAGCAUCUACAUCAGCGAUCUGGUUUUGGUAUAAAAGUAGGAGGAGUCUUUUCUUUUACAAUAUCUCUGCGAUCAGAUUCAUAUCUUGUGCUUGCUUGCAUUGACCAAUGGGCGGUUGUGUGUCUAAGAGCAAUGAAGAGCCUAUUUAUCGUCCGCUUCUCGGGAUGGGAUGCUGUGGUAGCAAAAUGGGGAGGAGAACGCUUUCAGGCCGCAUCGUUUCUCUUGAUAACUUGGUCUCUAUUCCCAACCGGAUCACCAGCAGCGGAAAGAGCAAGAGUUCUUGCAUUUUCACCCAACAGGGACGCAAAGGAAUCAAUCAGGACUCGAUGAUCGUGUGGGAAGAUUUUAUGUCGAAUGAUAUGACAUUCUGCGGUGUUUUUGAUGGACAUGGGCCUAAUGGUCAUCAUGUCUCACGGAAAGUGAGAGAAUCAUUGCCUGUAAGGUUACUGUCUUUCAUGCAUUCGAUUCAGUCUAAGCAAAGCGGAUCAACCGGAACUCGUGCAAGCAAAUCAGAUAGUCAAGAAACUGACAAGGAAGAAUCUAGCGAGGGGGAUAAACUGAAGCUCCUAUGGGAAGAAGCUUUCUUGAAAUCAUUCAAUGCUAUGGAUAAGGAACUGCGAUCCCAUCCCAAUGUGGAAUGCUACUGCAGCGGCAGCACUGCUGUUACAAUCAUUAAACAGGGGUCAAAUCUAUUCAUGGGAAACAUUGGGGACUCUCGGGCAGUACUUGGAUCCAAAGACAGCAACGAUUCAAUGGUUGCAGUUCAGCUAACAGUUGACUUGAAGCCUGACUUACCAAGGGAAGCAGAGAGGAUCAAGCAGUGUAGGGGUCGGGUGUUUGCGCUUGAAGACGAGCCAGAGGUGUCAAGAGUGUGGCUACCAUUUGAUAAUGCUCCAGGAUUAGCCAUGGCUAGGGCGUUUGGUGAUUUCUGUGUGAAAGACUACGGUGUGAUUUCAACACCCGACUUCUCUCACCGUCUUCUUACAGAUAGAGAUCAGUUCAUUGUCUUGGCCUCAGAUGGAAUAUGGGAUGUGCUAAGCAACGAAGAAGUGGUUGAAGUCGUGGCGUCAGCUUCAAGCAGAGCAUCGGCAGCUAGGCUAGUGGUAGAUUCAGCUGCACGCGAAUGGAAACUAAAGUACCCGACUUCGAAAAUGGAUGAUUGUGCAGUUGUGUGUUUGUUUCUUGACGGGAAAAUGGACUCAGAGUCAUCAGAGUACGAAGAACAAAGAUCCUCUUCGGCAACAAACGCAGUAGAGUCAGAUGAAAGCCAGAGAACAGAGCCGUGUCUUCAGAGAAACGUUACCGUUAAAUCAUCAGUGGAAAACAACAGUUGUGGUAAUGUGAAUGCAGAGACUGAUGAUGCAGAGAAGGAGAAAGCAACGGAAGGAGAACAGAACUGGUCAGGACUAGAAGGCGUUACUAGAGUGAACUCACUUGUUCAGCUUCCGAGAUUCUCUGGAGACAAAACCAAGACUUGAGACAUGACUUUUGAUUGUUUUCAUGAAUUGGUUUUUGAUCCCAUGAAAAGAAAAGUCUUCUGGUUGCAUCUAUGCUUAAAGCACUGGGAGAUUCAUUGGGUUCAUCAAUUCAUAAACUGUAAAUGUCUUAGGUUUUUUUUGUUUCUUGCCUCAAACUUGAUGUUAAAACUGUGGAAAGUUUCAACUUCGUGAGGGAAAUGGUUUUUGCAACGUAAAAAGGUCCCACCGAGACUUGAACUCGGGUUACUGGA